AUGAAGUCAACGGACAUUCCAGCCUUCGCGGCCAGUCAGCUAUCGCUGCUGCAGAAUGAGCUGGACUCAGAACUUGCUGAGACGCAGCUCUUGACUUCGACCCACGCGCCUGUAUCACUCCAACGCGCCGGACUCGCGGUCCUCAACCUGACGGUAUCGUCACAGAGGACCGGAUUCGGCGGGAAAACUCUUCUGGAACUCGCCCUGGAUCCUGCAGUCGCGUCCGACUCGGACGAGAUUCCAGAACAUGGCUUGCGCGUGGGCGACAUCUGCGCCGUGGCCGAGCAGCCCAAAGGCGCGGAAAAGAAGAAAGAGCGAGAGGGAAUGGAAAAAAGAGGCGCAGAGGGAGUUAUCACACGGACAAAUAGAACGAACAUCACCGUGGCCUUGGAUAAGGAAGACGUAGACGUGCCCAACGGUAAGCUAUGGCUUGUGAAGUUGGCCAACGAUGUCACGCACAAGAGGUUGAGUCAAACCAUGACACGACUGCAAAAGAUGCAACCUUCCGAGCACAGCAUCCUCACACAAGUUCUCUUUGGUCACUCUUCUCCUACACCAAUUUCCGAGUCUGACUUGAAAGCUGCGAUUGAGUGGAACGAUCCAACCUUGAAUGAUAGUCAAAAGGAUGCCAUCCAGUUUGCGCUUGCCAGUCGAGAAGUUGCAUUGAUACACGGUCCACCAGGAACUGGCAAGACCCAUACCUUGAUCGAGCUCAUCUUGCAGAUGGUGAAGCUGAAAUUGCGUCUGCUUGUUUGCGGUCCCAGCAAUAUCAGUGUCGACAACAUCGUCGAGAGGUUGGCACCACACAAAGUCAACAUGGUCCGUCUCGGACAUCCUGCGCGGCUACUUCCAGGCGUCCUCAGUCACAGCAUGGAGUAUCUAUCGCGGACGAGUGACGCUGCCGCAAUUGUCACCGAUGUGAGGAACGAAAUGGACGCUAAGCAGGCAUCCAUACGGAAGACGAGGAACGGUCGCGAGAGGAGAGUCAUCUACGGCGAGCUCAAAGAUCUACGCAAAGAGUAUCGACAGCGCGAAGGUCGCGUGGUGAGUGAUCUCCUCCGUGGCAGUGGAGUCGUGCUGUCGACUUUGCAUGGCUCUGGAGGCUAUCAACUCAAAGACCAGCAAUUCGACGUGGUGAUCGUGGACGAGGCAAGUCAAGCAUUGGAGGCUCAAUGCUGGAUUCCAGUGUUGAGCAGCGGCGCCAGCAAGCUAAUUCUCGCUGGCGACCACCUUCAAUUGCCUCCGACCAUCAAAUCACUGAACAGCAAGACUGCCAAGAAGACUUCGACCAAGGUCGAAAAUGCCACAGAAGGCGAAGACCACGUCAAGCUUGAGACAACUCUCUUUGACCGUCUGCUUGCCCUGCACGGCAGCAAAAUCAAGCGCAUGCUCACAACACAAUAUCGAAUGCACGAUCUGAUCAUGCAGUACCCGUCCGAAGCUCUGUAUGAAGGCAAACUCAUCGCAGCAGAAGCCGUCAAAGCACGGCUCCUCCACGAUCUGCCAUACGAAGUCCGAAAAACAGACGACACCUCUGAGCCCGUGGUAUUCUACGACACUGCUGGCGGUGACUUUCCCGAGAAAACAGAAGACGACAACAGCGGCGCAAAAGGAAAGUCAAGCCUGCUGGCAGAGAGCAAAGUCAACGAAUAUGAAGCUGGAAUCGCGCAACUGCACGUCAAGAGCUUGAUCGAGGCUGGCGUAAAAGCCGAAGACAUUGCCAUCAUCACGCCUUACAAUGGCCAGCUUGCUCUUCUAUCACAGAUGUUGAAAGACCGGUACCCGGGAAUCGAGCUUGAAAGCGUGGACGGUUUUCAGGGCCGUGAGAAGGAAGCUGUAAUUGUCAGUCUUGUCCGCAGCAAUCCGGAACAUGAAGUCGGGUUCCUGGCGGAGAAAAGGAGGCUCAACGUUGCAAUGACUCGACCGAAGCGGGCGCUCGUUGUGAUUGGGGACUCCGAGACAAUUUGCAGGGGCUCGAAGUUUCUCAAAAAUUGGAUGGCUUUCCUCGAGCAAAAAGCAGAUUUGAGAUAUCCGGACCCAUCUGAUCUGCUGCCGUGA